CUCGGGGACAAAUUUGAGCGGGGAUGGCGGACAAGCGGAAGCACGUUGAUGCCGCGGGACUUCUGUCGUCUGACGACGAAAUCAACGAGACGAAUCUGAGGAAGCGUCUGCGUCUUGCGCGUCAAUCCACUCUGCAUGAGAAUGAACUGGUCCCAAGGUCUCCUGAGAGCAUUUACGGCAGCGAGGACGACUCGACCGCGUUGGAGCAACACUCCAAGCCACCUCCACCACCACAAUCGGGGGUCGUAGGACGACCUCGUCGUUUGAUUCGUGAUGCAAAGCGUGCCGCUCCGGCAGUUCCUCCUCCAGCAAGCAAGGCACAGCAGGCCAAAUUGUUAGACUACGACGCGUUCCUUAAACAACAUGGGAUUGAAGAGAAGGUAUCCCGAGGAGGUCGCCGGACGUCGACACGCGCCAAGACUUCAAAACGAUCGUACUCUAGCGACGACAUCGAAGAUGAUGAAGACGAUGAAGACGACGAAGCCGACAGCAGCUCCUCGGACGACGACGCCAAGCCCGUGCCGAAAAAGGGCACUCGGUCGUCGGCGCGCAAACCGCCAGCAAAAAAGCAAGCAGCUGCCGUGUCCUCCAAGUCCAGAACCGCCACCCAACGUUCCUCGAAGAAGACAACGACCAAGCAAGACCAUUCCAACUCGAAUUCCAGCGACACGGACGAUUUCGUCGCCGAAGUGUCGUCGAGCAGCAAAAAGGCGACGAAGAAGAAAAAGGCGGCGUCCACCACCGCCGCGAAAUCCAAGAAAAACAAAGCUGGACCCGCCAAGGCCAAGAAGCGAAAUGUGCAACCGAAGCGUGCGUUGUCGUCGAGCCAUGACGACGACUCGUACAACUCGAGCAACGACAGCGCCAAGGCAACGUCGUUUUCCCGCAAAAAAGGGAAAAAACCCCACGACGACUCAACCGACAGCGACGAGUUGUUUCGAAAGCUGCCGCGGGGGGAUGACGAGUCGGAUGAUGGCGACGAGUGCUUCAUCGUGGACAAGGUGCUGGCUAAGGAAACACACACGGCCGCCGAGUGGGCCAAGAAGUGCCGCGGCAUGCACACGCAUUACGUGUCCCUUGGCUCGAUAUUCGUAGACGACGACGAUGACGACGAUCAUCGAACCACACAAGAUGAUACCGAGCCCAAGGACGUUGCCGCCGACGACGACGACGAGGAUGCCCCAGGCAUUGAAAAGUUUCUCAUCAAGUGGCGCAACCUGUCGUACUUGCAUGUGACGUGGGAAACCGAAUCGGCGCUGGUCGAGUAUGAAAAGAACGCCAAGGGCAAGCUCCAGCGGUUCCAGGAUCGGACGGCCAAGCUACUGCUCCUCGACGAAGCCCAAGGCGACGAGUACUUUAACCCCGAGUUUUGCACGGUGGACCGCAUCUUGAACGUGCAGCCGAGCGAUGUUGACGACGGCAAGGGCGGGUUCCAGCUCGAGUAUUAUGUCAAGUGGAAGGCGCUGCCGUAUGACGAGUGUACGUGGGAGCAAGAGGUGGACGUCCACGACGACGCCGCCGUGCAGCUGUACCAUGCAUUCAACAAAGAACCACCGCCGCCAUCAUCUGCAGCAUCGUUGAAGCGAACGACGGCGCAGUUUCGACCGUAUAAUGCCGACAACCCGAUCCGAUUCAAGACGGACCUCCAGCAACUCCGAGACUACCAAGUCGAAGGCGUCAACUGGAUGAUCUUCAACUGGUAUAACCACCGCAACUCGCUCUUGGCCGAUGAAAUGGGGUUGGGCAAGACCGUCCAAACAGUGGCGUAUAUCAACCACUUGGUCACGAAGGAGAACCUCCGCGGGCCGUACCUGAUCAUUGCGCCGCUGUCGACUUUGUCCCACUGGCAGCGAGAGUUUACGGGAUGGACCAACUUGAACGCGAUCGUGUUUCACGGCAGCCAAAGCGCGCGAAAGAUCAUUGAGGAUUACGAAUUCUAUCGCCCCACUACUAGUAGUAGUACGUCCAAGGCGCGAAGCAAGGGCAAGGCGGCGUCGUCGAACCACCACCAGCAACCACAAUACCGCUUUGAUGUGCUCAUCACAACAUUUGAAAUGUGCACGGCCAACGACUACCUGACCCUGGCGCGCAUCAAAUGGCAGCUGGCGGUGGUAGAUGAAGCUCACCGGCUAAAGAACAAGAAGUCCAAAUUCUCGUCCGUGCUCGAAGAUCGGUUCCAGUACGAGAACCUGCUGCUACUGACGGGUACGCCGCUCCAGAACAACGUCGAGGAGCUGUGGACGUUGUUGCACUUUUUGGACUCUGACAAGUUUCAGUCGGCGUCGGACUUUGUCGACUUGUUUGGUGAGCUCAAAGACUCGAGCCAGGUGGAGAAGCUGCACAAGGAACUCAAGCCGUUCCUGCUGCGUCGGAUGAAGGAAGACGUGGAGAAGUCUCUCGCACCAAAGGAAGAAACGAUCAUUGAAGUCGAACUGACCGUGUUCCAAAAGCAGUACUACCGCGCCAUUUACGAGAAAAAUUCCCAAUUCCUCGCGCGAGGCGGGAAAAAAGCCCACGCGCCAAGCUUGAUGAACGUGGUGAUGGAGCUUCGAAAGUGCUGCAACCAUCCGUUUUUGAUUCGGGGCGCCGAAGAGCGCGAAGUGAUGCGGCUGCAAAAGCAACAACCGCGGAACCUGCCGCUAAGUACCCGCCGCGAAGCCGUGCACAAGCAGCUCAACGACCUGCUCGUAACUUCGUGUGGGAAGCUCGUGUUACUCGACAAGUUGCUGCCGCGGCUGCGCGACGGCGGCCACCGCGUGCUAAUUUUCUCGCAGUUCAAGAUCAUGCUCAACAUACUGGAAGACUAUCUGCGCAUGCGGGGGUACCCCCGCGAACGCAUCGACGGCAGCAUCACUGGCAACGACCGCCAGGCUGCAAUCGAUCGGUAUUGCGACCCUCAUCGCGACAGCUUUGUGAUGCUUCUGAGUACCCGCGCGGGGGGCGUGGGUAUCAACUUGACCGCGGCCGACACUUGCAUCAUCUAUGACAGCGACUGGAACCCCCAGAACGACCUGCAAGCGCAAGCGCGGUGCCAUCGCAUCGGCCAAAAGAAAAGCGUCAAAGUGUACCGGCUUCUCACGUCCAAAACGUACGAACUGCACAUGUUCCAUCAAGCGUCGAUGAAAUUGGGUCUGGAUCAAGCCGUGCUCGGCGGUAUCCGCCAAGUGCAAUCAGCAGCCAAAGGGGGACCACCAUCUAAAGAAGAAAUCGAGUCGCUGCUCAAGUAUGGCGCGUACGAAAUGUUUAAAGAAGACGAUGCCGAUGCCGCGAGUAAAAAGUUCAACGAAGAGUCAGUGGACGAGAUCCUCAAGCGGAGUAAAACCGUGGUCCACGACCCAAAGAAGGACCAGACGGUGGCAGCAUUUGGCUCGUCGUUUUCCAAAGCCACGUUUGUGAGCUCGGAAAACCCCGCCGAACAAGUCGCGCUGGACGAUCCUGACUUUUGGAUCAAAGUGAUUGGACUCACGGGAGUAGCCGAGUCGAACGCAAAGCACAAUAAAACCCCCGAGAAGCGGAGAUGCAAAGGCCGCAAAACGUACAAAGAGAUUGGAAGCGACGAAGACCGCCACGACGCCGACGGCGAGUACAAAGUGGAAGACGAAGCGUCGGAAAGCUCGAGUGAUGAUGACGAUACCGCCGACGCACAUCAUGGUUCUACCACGUCCGCCACCGGCGAAGUCAAAGCCAUCAGCGCUGCCUACUCGAAUGUGCACAGAUUUCAUCAAAACUUUGUGACGGCAUUGCUCACGUACGGGUAUGGCCGAUGGACCAAGAUUCGCAUGUCGGACCCGAUUUUGACCAACUUUCCCGUGGUGAAAAUCAAGGAUUAUGCGAUGGGGUUCAUGGUGCAAAUGCUUCGGGUGGCGAGUAUGGAUCCACAUACCAACCACGCGGCGCCGACGUCGACGGACGCUACCGCCGUGAACCAGCAGCAACUCGUCCGCGACGCUAUGAACAAGAUGGCACUCAAGUACAAGUUUGUCGUGUACUGGCUGCAAGUGUUACACCGUGAAAGCAACAACCAGUCGAGUCAGUCGCGCGAGAUGUUCAAUCUGCACGAGAUUCCCGUCCAGGAGGAACUCACGCGGCUGAAUGUGGUCGCGUCGUUGGCCAAAACCGCCGGCAAGUACCUGCAAUUGCUCGACAGUUUGUUUGUGUUGGACCAGUUCGUGUCGAAACGCUUGUCGCCCAUGUUGGAAGUCAUGGCGAUCCUCAAUACCCCAUACAACUCAGACUCGUCGCCUUUAGCCGACAAUGGCGACGUGCCCACUACCGUGGCUCGCAACUUAGUCGAAGAUCUCGAAGAUGCAGUCGAUGCCAAAGAACCACUUGUUGCUGCCGACGCUAGUCCGUCCCCCGCCAACCCGCCAACGACCACCGCGGAGGACGAGGGCGAUACCACCUCGUCACUCCAAGACGGCAACGUCCAUCCAUCGACGGCGGCAUCUUCUUCGAAAGUGAUCCUCCCACCGGAUGUCGUGGCCAAAUGGACGCAUUACUUUGGCGCGUUGUACAAGAUGCCCGCGAUCCCCGUCGUCCAGUGGUGGAGCAGUCCCCACGACGACGUCCGUCUGCUGUACAUUGUCCACCGGUACGGAUGGCUGCGCGGGACCAAGGCGCAGUUUCAACAGAUCCGGACCGAUCGGCUGCUGUUUCCGCCGACGCACCCCGGCGGCCGAGACAACGCGCCUUGGCCGUCCAUUGCGACUCUGAACAAGCGCGUCAAGGCGAUUAUUCGGUACUGGGCCGACAAAUCGAUCCAGUCGGUGCUUCCAACUGCCCCUCCGCCCCCCGUCGCCCCCCGCCUGGCGCCGCCGCCCUUGGCCAAAGCUACGGUCAAGUCGGCGAGCCACGCCUUCCUGCAGCAUAUGUGGGAGCGCCGCAGCCGGUUCAUGGGUCUGCUCAUGUCCCAUGGCGUCCCUGACGUCCGGUUGUGCACGAACGCGUUGGAAGAGCGGGAAAAGUGGCGCUACUUCCUCUUCGACCCGGUGCUCCGUGCCAAACACUUUUCCCCGCAAGAGUUGCUAGCUGAGGCCACGAGCCUCGAAGCAGUGUGCAUCAGCUUCCUCGGCAACACCAAACCGCUCAAGUCGACUGAACGGUCAGUGUUUGGCGCGUAUCGCCACGACUGGGUCGUGACCCAUGACCAGGCGCGGGGGAUUCUGUACCGCCUCGACCUGUUUCGAAUUCUGCGGCAAGAGGUGCUAGUACUGCGUCCGGCCGAACUGCACGCGACCAUGGCGCAGGUUGUCGGACACGUGCAUCAAGUGCAGUCGGCACCGUCGUGGUGGAAGAGCCCCGAGUGCGACAUUCUCCUCAUGCAGGGCGUCGAGUGUUAUGGGUUGGACGACCACAUCAAGGACAUGUGGCAACUGGAUUUGUUUCAACGACUCAACCCAUCGCAAAGCUUUCCCAGCGUGUCGUGGGUCGACAGCACCGUCAUGACGUGCGCCAAAGCGGUGGUGCGCACACGGCGGGCGGCGGAAGCGGCCCUCGAGGAGCAGCAACGGCAACAAGCGAUCGAGGCCGCCCGGGUGCAAGCAGAAGAAAGACAGCGCGCGUUGCUGGCGAACGACCAAGCCAAACAAGAGGCUGGUCGAGAAGCGCAGCCAGUUCCUGCAGAGCAGAUCCGCCCCCGAUUCACAAGUGAGCCGGACGUGGAGCGCACCGCGAUGGCACUGGAGGACCCGCAUUGCAACACAAAGGCGUUCAUGUGGUACUUGCUGCAGAAAAAGGAAGCCGAGCUCCGGUCCGAGAGCAAUAAGGUCGAGUACCGAGCUCGACGGGACGACAUCCACCGCCAGAUUGAACACGAACGACAGGCCCGAGAAGAGGAGCUCAAAGCCGGGCUGGGAACCAGUCAACCUGGUGUUCGAGCGCCAGAAGUCAUCGAGAUCGACGACGACAGCGAGUAAGGGACCAACCAGCAGUAGAUCGACGGCCGGCGUUGUAGCGUGUAAUGAAAUGAAUUGUGUUGCUUGAUAUGAUUG